GAAAGUACACAAACCGUGAUAAGUUCCAGCCAUCUCCUGUGAUGACCUUCAGUUAGCAUUCUUUAAUUUAGCCAAGGCCAGUGUAUGUCCUUCAGAAAUGUAACCAGAUCGUGACUACAACUACGUCUUUGACCACAUUGUGUUGUUACACUGUGUGUGACUCUCAAGGUCUACAUGAGGAAGGACGACAACAGAGAUGUUGCCAUUGUGAUAGUUAAAAAGUAAGAAUCCAGGGUGGUGGACCUUCUUCCACUGAGAUGUUGAGGAUUGGAGAACCAUGGCUCGGUUUCAAAGCUCGAUAUGGACGAUAGACCUACCAAUCAUGUUGACGCUUCUAAACAUUGAACUCUCUAUCGCAUGUGGUAGAGCAGAGUACAGAAUAGUUGAUAGGUGCUGUCCUAUGUGUUCGCCAGGAAACCAGGUACAUAAACACUGUACAGAAUUUACAAGUACUUCCUGUGUCCCCUGUACCGACUCCACUUUCCUUGAUGAACCCAAUGGUCUUACGGCAUGCAUACUGUGUACCAACAACUGUGACCCAGGUUUUGGCUUAACGGUAAAGCAGCGAUGUACACCUUCAUCAGACACUGUCUGUGGGACACUGGAGGGGUUCUACUGUCUAGACCCAACUAAGGAUGGUUGUAGAGCAGCCCAGAGACACAGCAGCUGUAAACCUGGUCAAUACAUCAGCCACACAGGAACAACAUCUACAGAUACUGUGUGUGUUGACUGCCCUGGUAAAACGUAUUCAGAUGGAUCAUUAACAUCUUGUCAACCACACACAGAAUGUGAAUUCUUGGAAAUUGAAGCAGGAACUCCUUGGUCGGAUUCAGAAUGCGGAGUAAACUCACUUCCCACAGCUGGAAUCAUAGCUGGUGUUCUGAUAUGUUUCCUGAUAGCCACCAUAGCUGGUGUUUGUUUAUUUAUAGUGAGAAAAAGACACAAUUUAGGCCCCCAAAUACUGACACAGGCAUUCCCAGAUCAGGAAAUACCAAUGCUGUCUGAGGAAACUGUAAAAGAUUCAAGCCCCCAUCACAGUCAGGUGACUCAACAUUCUGUAAUAUGUGGUCCGCUGGCUGGUCCAGCCAUCAAUGGUGUAUCUUAACACUACAUGUUAAAUGUGAUAUUGUAGAAUCUGGUUGGUAUAAAAACAGGAUUCUACAGCACGUUCAAAGAAUAUGACCUCUGGGUAGAGGAUCACUGUGCAUUGACAAUGACUAUUAUGUGGCUUAGUGUAUGAAUCAUACAUUAGCUUCCACCCACACUGGAACAUGGCCCCAAAUCCCUCAAAGUACAGGCUUGGUUGAAGCUCAACAUUCUACAUGUGAACAGAAGCCAAACUGAAGCCAUACCAAGUUGUCACCCCACACUUUCAAGUGCAUCCACAGCCUGAUUAGCCAAGAAUAUUCCAGAAUGCACUAUAUUAAAUCUGGUCCAAAUAGCUAUAAAGUGCCUUUCUGUAUGCUGUCCUCUCUGUUCUAGACUGAUGAUGUAAAAAGGGCUUUAAAAAUAUAUUUAUUAGGCUUUAUAAAUGAAUUUGAUUGAUUGUCCUUUAUUUUAUUUACCCAUAGCUAGAGCAUUGCGUUACCUCUAGGCCGAUACAGCGCCUUCUCACAUAAUGUGUGAAACAAUUGUAACGUCAUUAUCCAAUUAGUCAAAAAUAAGUUCCCAACCAUGUUGAUUGACUUCAAAUUAAAUGUCUGCCGAAACUCACAGCAUCGUUCUCAUCAGCAGGCUACACUAGGACCGGACACAACCUCUAGCCACAUAGGGCCUACAAUGUUUUAUCCAUCAAAAUAAAUACCAUCGUAAAAAUAAUGAAUUGAUUGUGUUAAACGCACAUAUCUUUUUCCAACAUGAGGCAUUAAUAAGUAGUAUUUUUAAAUAAUCAAUGGGUAUUCAUUAAUUUAUAAGUCCAAAAAAAGCUGUCAUCUAUUUGAUAGAUCACGUAGAUUCAAUUGACAAGUCAUCACAUCCGUCAUUCAGUGGAUCAUACAGUUCAACAUGUUGCACUUUAUAUACAGUUGAAGUUUGUCCAAUUAUAUCAGUACGUUACUGUACUGUGUUGCACUGACUGUCCUCAAACAUGUGAGGUAAAAGCUAUCACGUUUACUAUGUCCCAGUUAAAUCAGUUCAACUGAAGAGGCUAGUUGACGAGGAGAAAUUAAACUACUGGUUACAAAUAGAUAAUCAUAUUUCUGGCACCAUUUAGCCAAGAUGAUUGUCCAUCACAGUCUUUAUCAGUUAACUUUACUACAGGUUUCGCUACAAUCUUUUGUAUCCCCAACUGUUUACAGAAAUAUGAGGUAGGCCAUAAGAUACACUAGAGCUUCUGCUGUGACUUCAAAAUCACCAAAUGACCUGGGAAGAUGUCAACAUUAUCCAGCAAGUUCUUUACAGAAUAAAAAGUGGUAUAACCAAAGUUUUACACUGUGCAAUACUCCCAAUUGGAAUAAUAUCCAUUUUAUUUAGAGAUGAAUGUUGUCUAAUGAUGAGGGAUUUGUACAAAGACUGAGUCAAUUUUAGAGGCCAAUUUGUCCUGGAAAUGAACACGACAAAAAGGAGUUGGAAAAAUUGGUAAUAUGAUCUCACAAAUGUUUAUGUAAUGGAUGUACUUGAAGGUUGAAUAUAAUGCUGUUAAAUUCAAUGCAGUUUUGCUAAACAAUGUAUGUGCUGUGUUUAUUAUUUAAAAUGCAUGGAUGACAUCUACAAAACCAAAACAGCAAUAUUUCAUGCAAUGUUUUAAAGCUUCCAAAUUGUAAUGCCCACCGUUCAUGGGUAAAGGCUUCCAUUAGCAUGGGAAAUUACCAUUUUUAUUAUUUUAGUAAAUAUUGUCAAUAGCACAUUUUAGAGCUCUACUGAACUGUAAAUUAAAGUACAACUAUUA